GACAUUAAAAGGAUGAAAAAAUGAAAUAACCCCCAAAAUAAUCACACACUUUUCUCUGUUCCCAGUUCCCACCGCCGCAAGCUGUAGCCAUCGACGCCAUUGUUGCCGCGCCUUCCGCUUCUCUCAUUUUCUGGUCUGAUUACUGGGGGGCAUCGUUCCAUUCUUCAGUCAAAGAUGGGCAGCGAAAUUGAGAAAGAGAGAGAAGAAGAAGAGGAAGAUAUAGUUUGCUUAGAUGAGUCCUUCUUCGUCAACGAUGAUUAUCAGUUGACGAGCUUUACGUUUGGGUCCAACGUUCUUGAGCUCUACUGUCUCCAAUCAGCUUCAACUGAUUUUGAUUUAACAGGGCAACUGGUUUGGCCUGGUGCUAUGCUUAUGAACGGUUAUCUCUCUGAUAAUGCUGACAUUCUCCAGGGAUGUUCUGUUUUGGAGUUUGGAUCUGGCGUUGGUAUAACAGGAGUCCUCUGUAGCAAAUUUUGCCGUAAAGUUGUUUUUACUGACCACAACGAUGAAGUGCUCAAGAUACUGAAGAAAAACAUCGAGCUUCAUGAACAUUCAAGCGGUCUAGACCCCUCAGCUGAAUUAGAGGCUGCAAAGCUAGAAUGGGGAAACAGUGAUCAUCUUGGUGAAAUUUUGCAGAAACACAGUGAUGGCUUUGAUCUUAUUCUUGGAGCUGAUAUCUGCUUUCAGCAAUCUAGCGUGCCGUUGCUAUUUGACAGUGUAGAACAGCUUCUGCGGAUGAGAGGACAUGGAAAUUGCAAGUUCAUACUAGCAUACGUAUCUCGGGCUAGACAGAUGGACUCAGCAAUCUUGAGGGAAGGCUCUCUGCACGGGAUGCUGAUGAAUGAGGUUCCUGGGACUCGAUGUACCGUUGGAAACUUGGAAGGUGUUAUAUUUGAGAUCACUCUUAAAUAAAAUAUUUGGACUAGUUUCCUCCUUUUAUGGUUUUGUAGCUGUAUACAUUUGGUGAACUUGAUUAGUCAAGUUGGUCUUUGAAAAGUAUGCAUUGACAUUGUGGAUGCUUUGAAGAUAAUUCACACCGGUUGGUGAGGAAAUGUUGAUUAUCUUCUUUUUGAUAGAGUUACUAUAUACAGUUCGUUAUUAUGAUCUGAAUUUUCUCUCUCUUUACUGGAGCUAAUA